AUGGCGAGCGGGUUGAGGAUCUUGGUCCCCGUUAAGCGGGUGAUAGAUUAUGCCUCCAAACCGCGCAUCAAUAAGACACAAACCGGCAUCGACCCUACCGGCGUAAAAUACUCCCUCAACCCUUUCGACGAAAUCGGCGUGGAGGAAGCAGUCCGCCUCCGCGAAAGAAAAGGCCCAUUGAAAGUCGAAAGCAUCCUCGCUCUAUCCGCUGGUGGUGCUAAAUGCGUCGACACACUCCGCACAGCCAUGGCUCUGGGCGCCGACAAGGCAAUACACAUUGAUGUCCCCGAAUCAGGCGAGGGCGGUCCCGAGCCAUUGACGAUCGCGAAAAUGUUGCAGGCCGUCGUGCAGAAAGAGAAUAUCAAUAUGGUCUUGCUGGGCAAACAGGCGAUUGACAGCGAUCAGGGACAGACGGGGCAGAUGUUGGCGGGACUGUUGGGCUGGUCGCAGGCGACCCAGGCCAGUAAAGUGGAUGUCAAGGACGAGAGCGGCACUGUGGAGGUUACUCAGGAAGUUGACGGUGGUGUCGAGACCUUGAGGGCUAAAUUACCGAUUGUCAUUACGACCGAUUUGCGAUUGAACGAACCUCGCUAUGCCAAUUUGCCCAACAUCAUGAAGGCGAAGAAGAAGCCUUUGGAGAAGAAGACGUUGGCGGAUUUUGGAGUUGAGGAUAAGCGACGGCUGAAGACUGUGAAGCUUACCGAACCGCCCCCAAGACAAGGCGGUGGUAAAGUGGAGGAUGUCGAUGGGCUUAUCUCCAAGUUGAAGGAACUUGGCGCUCUAUAA